CCAUUUGAUGUUUUUACAUUUUGGUUUUUGAAAUUUUGUUGAAGGGGUUUUGGAGAAGAGAAAAUGGGGCAGAAAUCCUUAAUCUACAGCUUCGUGGCGAGAGGGACGGUGAUCCUGGCCGAGUAUACCGAGUUCAAGGGGAAUUUCACCACCGUUGCGGCCCAAUGCCUUCAAAAACUUCCUGAAAACAACAAUCGGUUCACGUAUAGUUGCGAUGGCCAUACGUUUAACUACCUCAUGGAUAAUGGAUAUACGUUCUGCAUUGUUGCAGUCGAUUCUGUUGCUAAGCAACUUCCAAUGGCGUUCUUGGAACGUACCAAAGACGAGUUCAAUAAGAAAUAUGCAGGAGGCAAAGCUUCAACUGCUGCUGCCAAGAGCCUGAGCAAAUCAUUCGGGCCAAAGAUGAAGGAACAGAUGAAAUGGUGUAUGACUCAUCCUGAGGAGAUCGACAAGGUUGCUAAGGUGAAGGCACAGGUUGAUGAAGUCAAGGGAGUUAUGAUGGACAACAUCGAGAAGGUUCUUGAUCGUGGAGAGAAGAUUGAACUAUUGGUCGAUAAAACUGACAACCUUCGCAACCAGGCAAAUGAUUUCAAGAAACAAGGAACCAAGAUGAAAAGGAAGAUGUGGAUUCAGAAUAUGAAGAUCAAACUUGUCGUGUUUAGCAUCGUACUCGUUUUGAUUAUGUUGGUGGUUCUCUCAAUCUGCAACAACAUAAGGUGCUUUUGAAGGUCACCAAAUACUCCCUAUUCUGCAAGGCUUAACCAGAAGUGUAUUCUACAUUGACUACCUUUGUUUACAUUCUUCUCCUGCUUGUCUUUUAGGAGGUAGGAGUUUUUUUGGGCAUUUUUCAUGCUUGAUGUACAUGUUGUAAUAUCAUAAUUUUUUUGGGCA